AUGGUCCUAAGGCCAGAAGUGGUUCAAGCUUUCAAUACCCUCAACAUCAAUCCAGACGUUGACCAGGCCACCGCCUCGAAGGCUUACAAACGUCUUGCUCUUAUUCAUCACCCAGACCGCAACCACAAGGACAGCACUGCCACCCAACGCUUUCAAGAGAUUGGCGCAGCAUGGGAUAUUUGCCUGCGUCAUUACGACAACCCAGCUCGCAGUCAUGUUCCAGAUCCUGCCGCUCAGUCAAGCGCACAUAAUCACUUUGGUGCUCAUCACUUUACUGCAGAGGAUGACAUUCCUUUGGAUGAAGAGGAGCUAGAGGCCUUUUAUAGGUUCGUUACUUUACCAAGGAUUCCUUUCCCCUUUCAUGUCGAUGUUAUCCGCAGAUUCAUGUUUGCAGAGAUGCUCUUCAACCGCUAUUCAAGUACAAAGGGUCGCCGUUAUCGCUAUCAGCGAUCAGGCGCAGCAGGAGCAGGUUUGUCGACUUUCUCUGGUGGCUUUGCGGAAUCCCAAGAAAGGCAGUCCUCCAAUUCGGCUCGGCAAAGGAGGGAGAACGAGGAGUAUGAAAGGCGAAAGCGCGAACUUGAACUCGAAAUUGAAGCGGAACAACGCGAAGCUGAGAGAUGUGCUCGUGAAAAGUCCGCCGCCGAGGAUCGCCGAGUCUCAGCUCUGGAAAACUCGUUUCAGUCUGCUCGUGAUGGAAACUCAGCAGCGGUCCAUCGCUCUGUUCUGGACUUUAGCUUGGAUGUGAAUAGUCCCCGAAAAAAGCCCAAGCAAUCAAGGAAACAGGAUGAGAACACUCCAUACGAAACUUUGCUUCAUGUCGCCGCAAGCUACUGUGACGAAUCAUUGGUCUCAUUUUUGCUUGAACAAGGCGCAAACCCCGUUGCUCUCAACAAGUCUCGAUUGACUCCUUUCCACGCCUCCAUCCAGGCCGGAAAUACACCUGUUGUUCGCUUCCUCCUCAAUCGGCGAGGAAGGUCGUCAGAUGGCUAUCAUCCGUCCAAGGUUUCCGCUGCUGGCCGUACUCCGCUGCAGCUUGCAAUUGCAAGCGGAAUACCAUCCAUGGUAGAGUUGCUUGUCAAGGAUGCGACGACACAUGAUGUCCAGCGCUGUUGGGAGCGCGAAGAAAUGUCUGAUGAAAUCAGGAAUAUCUUGAAAACCAAAAAAGGCUUUGUGCCACCUGAAGAACGAUCGGAAAUUUCUGGCGAUGGUAAUUCUUCGUUGUCUAAAAGGACAAAGCGGAAGCAAGAACUGGCAUUGAAGGAGCAGCAACAAAAGUCGGCUCGAAUCGCAGAGGAGCAGAUGCGUAUCGCGGAAAAACAGCGUAAAAAACAAGAGCGGGCAGAGAAGCAUGCUGCAGAAGAACAGGAGCGGACAGAAAGACGUCGACUUCAGGAAGAGGCGCGCCGUCAGGCGCAGGUCGCAGAAUUCCAUCGACUUCAGGAAGAGGCCCGUCGAAAGGAGCGGGUGGAGCAACAAAAGCAAGCUGAAUUGCGGUUGAAAGCUGAAGAGCAGGAAAAGUUGAGGAAGGAAAAGGAAAAGGAGUUGAAGGCGCAAAGGGAGGCACAACUCAAGGCAGAGCAAGAGGCAAGACGGAAAAGUCAAGAGCAGGCUUCUCUCGACCUUCAUCGACAGACUGAGAAGGGCACAUCUCUCAAGAGGGACGGAGGGCAGAAAAUGACACAAAACCGUGGCCAAAAAGAGGAUGAAAUGCGGAGUAGGGUAGAUGCAAAUCAACAAGAUCACGGCAAGUCUUCUGAGCCCGUCGGCCAGACGGCUGAAACUUUGGAUCCGACUGAGGAGUUGGCUGCGCUCCGGCGAGCUAAGCUAAAGGCGCGUCGAAAAGCGAAACAGGCCCUUCGACGAGAAGGACAACCCGCACCGUCUGCUCGAAGAGAGCUGAAUGAACGGCGAGAUCAGGUUCCAAUUCAGUUGGAAGAUGGAAAACACGAAGCGAUGAUGCGACGUCGGGCUGAACAAAGUGCGAGAGACAAGGAACGACAUGGGCGAUUAAUGGAAGAAAAGGCGAGGACGAAUGGUAGGUCUUUGGAGGAGAAUGUGGGGUAUUUAGAUAUUCAGACAUGUGUUGUGCCGGAUGACCUAUUCCGAUAUGUAUAA